AUGGGAAAACAACCAAAAAUAUAAUCAAAUAAAUAAUAAAAGAAACCUUCUUCUAAUAAACAAAGAGGAAGACCUCCUAAAUAUAAAGUAAAAAACUAUAAAAUGAUCUUCUUAGUCACCUCAACCUUCAAUCGAACAAAAAUCAUAAAACAAUAAUUACAAAUAGCACUGGUUUACAGACAAUGAAACAAGAGAAAUUGUUAGAAUACUAGCAAGCAAAUGUCAAAUUUUAUUCAAGUGUCUCAGUGGUUAAUCAGCAAAUAAACUAAAAAAUUCUUUCUGGCCUGAAAACUAAUCAGAUAUUUCUUUUAAUAACUUCAAACUUAGAAGACAAAUAUUUAUAGAAAAGGCUACUGUAAUUAUUGAUUAUAUUUAAAUAUUUAGGAGCUAUAAACUGAAUUAUUAAAAAAACUUGAAAAACAUUUAUCAAUCGAAUUGAUUGGCGAAAAGUAGCAGAUGAAUUAUUUUAUUUUCGGAAACAAUACUUCUGAUGAUACUGCUUUCAAUUAAUAAAACUCAAACUCGAAAAUGAAGUUGUUAACUCCCAUCAUACAUCAAGAUUUCUAAGGAACUUUGAAAAACCUCCUUGAAUUAACAGAUUAACUACAGAGUUCUAAUCAAGACUUACCUCCUGGAGAUGAUUUAUAUGAUAUUAAAAGACAAAAAAAUUUUGAUUUAUUUGAGAAUUUUGGUCAAGACCUCUCUGAUGAAGAUAAUUUAUACUUUAAUAAUAAGCAUAAGCAGCUAGAUUAACCUGAGAGGACUGUUCAAGACAUUACUGUUGAAGAUGACUUAUAUGAUAUUAAUAAACAUAAACAUUUCGUAAGUUGGGCAUUCGUACUUGCUUGGGGAUAAGAAUUUAGAGACCAUUUAACCAAAUUAUAAAAUGUAAGUUAAACUAAUAUGCAGGAAGACGAAUCACCUUCGAAUAAACAAGGCAGGCCAGAAAAUUUGAUGCAAAAAUCAACUGAGAUAUUGGAAAGGAAAACAGAAGAACUUAGUUGUCAUAGUAUUGAUCAACUGAUUGAGAUCUACCAAGAUAAAUACAAAAAAGAAAUAGAUGAUUUAAAGCAUUUAUUAAAAGAAAGAUUCACAAAUUUAAAGUAAUGA